AUGUCCGACGACGCAUCAUACACGGCAUUCCUGAACAAAGCGAACGAAGACCCGAAAUCUGGCGCCUCGCAAUCGACAUCUCAGACAAAGAGCAAAUUCGACCCGACGACCACCAGCAACUCCUCGCUCCCAUCUUCCCUGCAAUCCAUCCCGGACACGCUGACAUACACCUCGGAUACAGACUCGGAAUUUCAAGCUGUGGUCCUGAACUACUCAGGCGAUGCGCUGCCCAGUAGCGCAGAGUUCAAGAAAGCCUUGGGUGCGAAGGCGGACCAGGGUGAGGUCGAGGAGUUGACCGUGCAGGACUUCGAUCCCAGGGGCCAGUAUACUGAGAUCAUCGAUCGCGUUAAGGACGCUGGUGACGGGAAGGCAGUCAAGGUCUUCAGAGUUGAAGUUGGCGCGACGAGAGUGGAAUAUUAUAUCGUCACGCUUGGGGAUAGGAAGCUGGUGGGUGUGUAUACCAAGGCCGUGGAGAGUUAA